AUGAAUAUUCUUAGAGACUAUGAUCAAAGAUCACCAAUUGUAGCGAUAAAUGGAAUAUGUGCAACAAGUCAACCAUUGGCAUCACAAGUAGGAAUUGAUAUUCUUAAAUCAGGUGGAAAUGCUGCUGACGCUGCUAUUGCAAUGGCUGCAACUUUGAGUUUAACUGAACCAUAUUCAACAGGUUUGGGAGGUGAUUGUGUCGUAAUGUUUUGGAAUAACAAAACAAAAGAGAUAUCUUCAAUCAAUGGAAUUGGAAGAUCACCAAUGAAUCUAACUCUUGAUAGUUUGGAAAGUAAAGAUAGAUGCGGUGAUCAAUUUCAUACGAGGAGUGUUCAUGCUGUUACAGUGCCUGGUGCUGCCGCUGCAUGGUGUGACACAAUCAAGCAAUAUGGCAGUGGAAAUUUGAAAUUAUCUCAAAUAUUUCAACCUACAAUCGAUUAUUGUGAACAAGGUGUUCCAAUACAAGUUAAAACAUCUUUCUUGUGGAGAUUUUCAUCUAGAUUAAAACCAGAUAAUGCAAAUGAAUUAUUGUGUGAUGGUAAAAAACCAGAGAUUGGUGAUACUCUGACGAAUGUUCCAUUAUCAAAUUGUCUAAAGUUAAUUGCAAAACAUGGAAAAGAUGGAUUCUAUAAAGGAGAAGUUGCUGAUUCAAUCAUUAAAGCCAUUCAAGAUCAUGGUGGAUUAAUGACACACGCUGAUCUUGAGAGUCAUAAAUCAACAUAUGAUAAACCAAUCUCUAUAAACUAUCGUGGAUAUCAAAUCUAUGAAUUACCACCAACUAGUCAAGGCAUAACCUCCCUCAUGGCACUGAAUAUUUUAGAAGGAUUUGAAAUGAAUAAAUAUGAACCAAUAUCGGAUCAAUAUACUCAUCUUUUAAUUGAAUCAAUGAGAUUAAGUUUUGCAGAUGCAUUUUCUUUUGUAUCGGAUACUGAAUUCUCAACAAUUCCAAUUGAUGAAUUACUUUCGAAAGACUAUGCUGCUUCAAGAAGAUCAUUAAUCAAUGAAUACAAAGCAAAUGAUAACAUUCAAAAUGGAUACCCUCUCAACAGCAGCAACACUGUUUGUGCAUCAGUCGUUGAUAAAGAUGGAAAUGUAUGCUGUUUAUUCAACUCUGUAUUUAGUGAAUUUGGUAGUGGUAUUAUUCCAAAAGGAUGUGGAUUUGCUCUUCAAAAUAGAGGAAUAAUCGGAGGUGUGGUCCAACCUGUUGCCAAUGUUCAAGCAAUCGUCAAUUUAAUAGAUCAUAAGAUGGAUCCACAAACUGUUUUAAAUUUCCCAAGAUUCAGAAUUGAAAAAAACGGUGUUAUUAUUUAUGAACCAGCUUUAGAAAAUACAUUUAAAUCUAUGAAAGAAAGAGGUCAGAAUGUAGGAGAUAAAAACGUAGAAACAAGAUAUACCUUUGGCUUGGGUCAGAUAUUUGUGGCAAAGAAAAACAAUCAGAAUCAAACAGUUUUAAUUGCUGGAUCAGAUAACAGAUCUGAUGGGAUUGUAAUAGAAAAAUCUGUUAAAUCACCUCUACCAAACUCUGAUGACAACAUAUUCCAAUUCAGUAUAGAUCACUCUUUGUUGUUUAAGUAUAUGUUCUUUUUAACUUAUAUUUUUAUUUGGUUGAUCUCAGCUUGCUGUCUCUCUAAACCAAUUGGGGUUGCAAUAUUCGUAAAUAUCUUACUCUUUUCUCUUCUAAGAAAACGUAUUUAA